CUGCAAGUUGUCUACUAGUGUCCACCGAAUCUCAGAGGAGCCGAUCUCCACGGCCGCCACGUGAGAUGCAGGAGGCUAACUCACGAACGGUAUAAGCGGCUCCAACGAACGGCCAAACUAUUGCGAAGAACCCACUACCUUGUCUCAGCUGCCGGAGCGAGAUGACAUCACAGUAUCGCUGGACAAGGAGUCCGUAAACAAUGUGUCAUUAGGGAUAAGAUAUCUUCAGUCUUCACUAUGGUGGUCCUGUUCUCGCUAGGACCGUUUUGCUACGUGUGUGUGGCCUGCCCUUACGAUGGUUCUUCUCGGCCGAACAACCGGCGCGCUCUUCGCGCUCUGCUCCGCCCUUAGCAGCGCCUCCCCAGUCUAUCAUGAGAAGCGACAGGACACCGGCAGCUACGACUUCGUCAUCGUGGGUGGUGGCACGGCUGGGCUUGCUCUAGCAGCCCGCUUAACCGAGGACGAGAAGACGACCGCUCUUGUCCUUGAAGCCGGUGGUCCCCCGGAUCAGGUUGCUGCGUAUAAGGCACCAGGCGCCGACUUGCAGGUGUUGGGCUCGCCCAUCGACUGGGGAUUUACGACACUGCCGCAGGAAGGGCUCAAUGGGCGACAGCUGACAUACAACCGCGGGAGGUGCCUGGGCGGUAGUUCAGCCAUCAAUGGGUUGACGUAUGGAAGGGGGUCGUCGGGCCUUUAUGACCUGUGGGAGACACUAGGCAAUGCCGGCUGGGGAUGGGAUGGGGUUCUUCCGUUCUUCAAGAAGUCAACCACAUUCGUUCCUCCCCAACAGAGAGUUGCCCAACAAGACUUCGACGCUUCCCUGUAUGGCCAGGGACCGGUCAAACUCUCGUAUCCUCCUUACGUCAACGGGACUCCUGGUAGCAUUGCGUUUGUGGAGUCGCUGUCUGCCAUCCAGGUACCGAUUGUCCAGGAGCUGAAUGCCGGCUGCAAUGUCGGAGCUAAGCAGGAGCCUCUCACCAUGGACGACAAGUACCACCGAAGCUCAAGUUACGACAACUACUACAUGGAGGCGAAGGAGAGGCCAAAUCUCCGAGUUUUGCCCUUCUCACCGGUACAGCAGCUCAUAUUAGAGGAGGGUGCUGGGAAGCUGAAAGCGACUGGAGUGGUCUACCUCGAUUACCUUGGAGGCCGGACGUUAAAUGUCACAGUGAACAAGGAGGUCAUCAUGAGUGCUGGCUCUAUUCAGACUCCUCAGCUGCUCAUGCUGUCGGGUAUCGGCCCCACCGAGACACUUAACAAGGCUGGCAUCAAAGUCUACCUCGCCAACGAAAAUGUCGGGCAGAACCUCCAGGACCACACCUACUUCAGCAUCAAUGUUGAAGUCGGCCCUUCGAUAUCCGUCUCGUCGCUCUACCACGACUUGUCCAAACUCCAAAAGGCAGAACAGGAAUUCCAAGACUCCAAAGGCCCCCUUACCGCUCCAGUCGGCCUAUCCUACGGCUUUGAAAAGAUCCCCGCCGACGUCCUAACAUCCAUCAACGCCACGACACUAGCAUCAGAACGGCCCAACCAGGCACAUAUCGAGUAUUACUACGAGACUAUUUAUUACCCCAACGUUCCGUCUCCGUACUACCGCAGCCACGAAUACAACACGUCCUACAUCAGCCUCACCGCCGGCCUGGUCGCGCCCUUGUCCAGAGGAUCUGUUUCGAUCCGGUCAAACAGUCUCUCAGACGCGCCCGAGAUCGACCUGAAGUACUACGUCCACCCGGAAGACCAGGCCGUCGCUAUCUACGCGUUCAGGAACCUCCGCAAGAUUCUCACCAAGUUUGCCACUUACAACGACACGGUUGGCCCUAACCACGGCGAGGUGAACCCCGGACCCGCGGUGCAGACGGAUGAGCAGAUCCUGGACUACAUCCGGGAGACGGCCGUGACGGUGUGGCACGCGAGCGGGACGUGUGCCAUGUUACCGAGGGAAAAGGGGGGUGUGGUGGACGAACGGCUGAGGGUGUAUGGCGUGGAGGGGCUGCGGGUUGUGGAUGCGAGUGUGUUUCCCGUGAUUCCGGACCAGCAUACGCAGGGGCCCGUGUACAUGGUUGCGGAGAAGGCGGCCGUGCUUAUCAAAGAGGACUGGGGGUUGUAAGUCGGGUUGCUAUUCAACUUCGACUCAGCUAUGUGGAUAGUAAUGUUGUGCCACCUAUCUAAUCUCUCGGUACGAACGAAAGUGCACCGGCGUCGCAGUUCCAUACAUCAACCAGGAGUCCAAGACAGGAUCUUCCUCUACAGUCGCCCGAAGUGCCCAUCCCAACGAUCUUGCUCAGCUCCACGUAUUAAACUGGUAGGGUCGCGCCUUGUGAUAUGUUUAAUGGUCUGUCUGUGGCGCAUCCGGUACACUGCGCGUUCCAAGACUGACGGCGGGUGUGGGUGGUAAAGCGAAUCGGUGGGAGGCGGGUUAUGGAAAGCGCAGGCUUAGCAAUGUGUGGUUCUCUACAUUAGAUCAAGACGCGUGGGAAACUCAAUGUAUCCUGAUCAUCAAAAGACUAUUACGAUGGACGUGUGUUGGACAUCGG